AUGUUUGAAAGUGAUGAUUUUGAUCAGGUGCUGUCUCAAUUAGAUUUGCCAGAUGAAAGUUGUAACAAAACGUCAACAACAAAAGCCACCACCAACUUUAUUUCUCCUCAUCAUUGUAAGAGAAAAAUAAUUAAAUCCCACUUUGAUUCUCAUUGCAAAAGAAAAUUUCCUGGUCCGGCAGGACUUUUAUCUGGAAGUUUUGAGGAAUAUAAAGAUGAAGAUGUCGGUCGUAUAGAGUUCCUUUCACAGGAAAUUUUUUUUUCACAAAACCCAUUGCAAAAAGGUAUAUUUGAAUCACCACUUUGGAAGAAACUGUUGCAAGAUUUAAAUAUUUGGAAUUUAACACCUGUGGAUAGUAUCAAAACUGUUAAACAACUAGCUCUUAAUGGGAAUCUGAAAUGCAGGAAAGCGCAAACAAUAACGGCAUUUGUUGAAAGUGUAGACAGGUCUGCAUUGGAUCCUCUGGUUACAUUAAGGGAUUUAACUGGAAAUAUUAAAUGCACACUACACAGAGAUGCAUGGUCACAUUUUUCUUCAUAUAUUAUACCAGAGUGUUGUGCUCUGAUAUUAUUUCAAGAUGAAGAGAACUCGUCCCCAGAUGGUUAUGAAAAAUUCUCAAAUGAAGAUUACACAGUAUUCAAAAUGGAGAGAGGGAACUCUGAUCUUUAUGCACCUACAGAUGGAGAAGCUACCAAGUCAAGUAAUGAUUUCUUUGAAGAUUUAGAUAACGUAUUUUGUGAUGAGAUAUUU